AUGUCAUCUCCACUGAGCGGUGCCACACCGCACUCUUCUCUGCCAACUUUGUCCAAGCUACGGUCUACUGUCGCUUCGGACAUUUGCGCUGCGGACAUUGCUAAACAAUGGCUCGAUUCCUUUUCCAACGCUAUCAGGGCCGAAGACACAUCCACUCUUAACAAAUUAUUUGUCGAGGAUGCGGCUUGGAGGGAUCUCCUAGCGCUCACAUGGGAUUAUCGAUCCAUACAGGGUCUCACCCGCAUCACUGCCCUUUUCACGGAUCGUGUUCUCACCUCUGGUCUUCAAGUGUCCUCACUUGCCAUAUCGAAGGAUACUCAUCUUUCUCCUACCCUGAGCAAACCAUUCCCUGACCUCGACUUGUUUUGGAUCCAGUUUGGGUUUGGGUUUGAUACCGCGCUGGGGAGGUGUGUGGGCAUAGUGAGACUCUUGCCUCUGCCCGAUGGAACGUGGAAGGCGUAUACGGUAUUCACUGCGCUCCAGUCACUCUGGGCCACGAAGGCAAGUUUUCAAUUGUUUCCAAGACCCCCUGUACCGGAAAGAACGUGGAAUGAACGCCGUCGACGUGAGAUGGACCUUGCAGAUGGUGACCCUUCCGUCCUCAUAAUAGGAGCGGGACACUGCGGCCUGGAUACAGCAGCCCAACUCCGUCAGCUUGGUGUAUCUACUCUGGUCGUGGAAAAGAACGCGCGUGUGGGGGAUAACUGGAGGAAGCGGUACGACUCACUGUGCUUGCAUGAUCCCACAUGGGCCGAUCACAUGCCGUUCUUUUCCUACCCAACCGUGUGGCCUGUGUAUCCGUCUAAAGACAAGCUCGGCGACUGGCAUGAAUCCUAUGCACGCACACUGGAAAUCAACGUCUGGACAUCCACCAUCAUCGACGCCGCCGUCUGGAAUCCUAGAGAGAAAAUUUGGAGCGUCAAAGUCACGCGCGAGGGCCAGGAGAAGGACCUGAGAGUCAAGCAUCUGGUGUUUGCCACGGGUACGGCGAGUCCGAGGCUGGCUUACAGACCUGAAAUUCCGGGAAAGGAGGAUUUCAGAGGUGAUAUUUUGCAUUCGAGUGAGUUUAAGUCUUCGAGUGCGUAUAAAGGGAAGAAGGCUCUUGUGGUUGGAGCCUGUAAUUCAGCCCAUGACAUCGCGCAAUAUUUACAUGAGACCGGGGUGGAUGUGAUGAUGCUCCAACGCUCAUCCACAUAUGUCAUCUCGAUGAGAGCCAUCGAGGCGAUUCUAGGCCUCUGGGCAGACUCGAGCCCUGUUCCCCGCGAUGUAGCAGAUCUUCUAGGACUUUCUACGCCUGCUCAAGUCACCAAGCUCAUGCACCAACAUGUGUUUCCUGGGAUUGCGGCUGGUAUGGACAAGGGUUUGCGCGAGAAGCUGAAUGCUGUGGACUUCCGCACGAAUAUGGGACCAGACGACGCUGGGAUCAUGCAGCUGUAUUGGUCUCGAGGUGGAGGAUAUUAUAUCGAUACUGGAGCGAGCGAAUCUAUCGCUAAUGGGGGUAUCAAGUUCGUAUCCGGCCUCGCUCUGAAAGAAUACACCCCGAGCGGCGUCAGACUCUCUGACGGAACAGAGAUCGACGUGGAUCUUGUUGUCCUUGCUACCGGUUUUGGAGAUCCACGAGAAAUAGUGCGGGAUAUCUGCGGAGCCGAAGUCGCUGGGCAUUUGGUCCCGUUCUGGGGGCUCAAUGAGGAAGGUGAAAUUCGUAGUGUAUGGAGAUAUAGUGGUCAUGAGAGGUUUUGGUACGCGUCCGGUAAGUCAUCUACUUACUUCAACGUCGGCUGGCACAGUGGCGGUUAA